GAAUAAAAUUAUAACCUCAAAAUUCUAUACAAAAUGAUAAAAGUCAUGCAAAAGAAUAAGAAUUUAUUAGUUCCCCAAAAGUCUACAAACCUUAGCACAAAAAGUCAAGAGUCUCCGACCAUCAUUUCUUCCUUACCACAUUAAUAUUUAUAUCUAUAUAUUGAAUUAUCCACUGCAUUUAGACAAACAUAUAUUAUAUUUUCAGCACAAAAAGCCCUGCAGAAACAUUCCUCUUCAAUUCGAGCAUUAAGCAAAAUGAAAAAUUCAGACAGCUCUAGGGUUAGAAAGUAUAGGAAAUCAUCGGCCCCGCGGCUAAGGUGGUCGCCAGAGCUCCAUGACCGCUUUGUGGAAGCUGUCGAAAACCUUGGAGGGAAAUAUCAAGCAACUCCAAAGAGAAUUAUGCAGAUGAUGGCUGUCAAAGGGCUCAAGAUAUCUCAUGUUAAGAGCCAUCUUCAGAUGCACAGGAGCAUGAAAGAAUCCAUGGGUUCAAACAAUUUUAUAGCUAUUAAAAACUACCAACUAAAAGAAUCCGAAUACAUAACUUUAUUCUCUUCUCAAAGACAAUUUUCCGAAGCUCCAAAUUGUAGAAUUCAAGGGAGAAGGAGAAAACCUCAAAUCGAUGAAAAUUUAAUUUACCAUCAACACCUGCAGGGUAUAAAAGAAAGCAUAGAAAGCAUGAAUGAGAUAGAGAGUGAAGAUGAAGAAGAUGAUGAAAGUGGAUUUGGAUGGACAAAUAUAAAGAUGAUGGAGGUAGGAGAAGUAGAAGAAGUAGCACAACCAAAUCAACUUAGUACCUCAACUUCAUCUCAAUCUAAUUCCCCUCUCAAUUUAGAACUCACUAUCUCAAUGCCAUCACACUAAUCUAUUUCUUGAGCUACCCUACAUUCUUUUAUUUCAACUAUAUAUUUCAAGACAUGACCAAAUCUAUUUAUGUGAUCCGUUCUAUUUCUAGUAAUUUAUUUAUUUACUUACUAUCAUAACUUUUAAACAGUUUUAUAAGCUAAAUACUGUUGAAAAUUGUAGUCCUACUUCAAUAGAUUUACCACAGCUCACUAUGAA